UUCAUAUGGUCCGGAUGUGUCGAUAGUAUUAAAUAUUGACUGCUGCAUGAACUUCUACUGCGCAUCCACAUGCUGUACUGUGACGCAGCGCACGUGACCCGGAACAGGAAAUCGGCGUGUUUACUUCAGAACUGCGCGAUUCCAGAAAGCCAGAGAAUGGACACCCGCUUUACGAGGGGGAAAUCGGCGAUCCUGGAGCGCUCGUUAACCCGGCCGAAGACCGAGGUCAGCGUGAGCGCCUUCGCCCUGCUCUUCUCCGAGAUGGUGCAGUACUGCCAGAGCCGCGUUUACUCGGUGUCCGAGCUGCAGGCGCGCCUCGCGGACCUCGGCCAGGGCGUGGGAGCGAGCCUGCUGGACGUCCUGGUGCUGCGCGAGAAGAACGGGAAGAGGGAGACGAAGGUUCUCAACAUACUGCUCUUCAUCAAGGUGUCGGUGUGGAAGGCGCUGUUCGGGAAGGAGGCCGACAAGCUGGAGCAGGCCAACGACGACGACAAGACCUACUACAUCAUCGAGAAGGAGCCGCUGAUCAACGCCUUCAUCUCGGUGCCGAAGGAGAACAGCACGCUGAACUGCGCCGCCUUCACCGCCGGCAUCGUGGAGGCCGUGCUCACCCACAGCGGCUUCCCCGCCAAGGUCACCGCCCACUGGCACAAGGGCACCACCCUCAUGAUCAAGUUCGACGAGGCGGUCAUCGCCCGCGACAAGGCCCUGGACGGCCGGUGAAGGAGGCGGGGCUAUGUGGGGGUGGGGUGGGGGGGCGGAGCCUUGCAGGUCUUGGGUGGGCAGGGCUUACUGAGUCGGUGUGCUGUUCUUCACUCUAUGGUUUUGUUUGUUUGUUUGUUCGUUUUUUUUAACAAAUGCAGCACAGUUUCACCAACCUGUCUGCAUAGCUUAGCCUGUUCAGUGCUGGCCCACCGUAUCAGCCAAUCCAUAUACUUUAAAUGCCAGUGAAUCUGUGUGUGACUGAUCCUUAAAAAAAAAUCUUCUGUGUGACUCUGAUUAGUCGAGUGGCAUCAUGUGACAAAUGUGGGCCAAUUGCAGGUGAGCGUACCUUGUGAUCAGAGAAAAAUCGCCUACCUCUUCAGCCUCUUGGGCUGGUAAAAAAAAAUAA